AUGCCCGGCGGCCUGGAGCCCUCUUUCCCCAUCCUCCACUUUCUGGUCUUCUUUUUCGUGGCCUCCACAGUCUUCUACUUGGAGAGGCAGAACUUGAGGAAGCUGCAGGGCCUCGGGGCGCCCCAAGUCCAGCUGCCCAGCAGCAGCUGGACGGUGAACACCCAGGGGCGCCUGGGGAACCAGAUGGGGCAGUACGCCACGCUGUACGCGCUGGCCAAGCUCAAUGGGAAGCAGGCCCUCAUCUCGCCCAAGAUGCAGAAGACGCUGGGCCGCCUCUUCCGGAUCACGCUGCCCGUCCUCAAGGACAGGGCGGCCCUGCCGGUCCCCUGGCUCACCUACCUGCUGGACGACUGGAUGAAGGACGACUACCGCCACAUCCCCUGGGACUACGUCUUCUUCAUGGGCUACCCCUGCUCCUGGACCUUCUACCACCACCUCCGGGACGAGAUCCUGCGCGAGUUCUCCCUGCACGCCGGCCUCCGGAGAGAGGCCCAGGCCUUCCUGCACCGGGUGCGCCAGGGCCACGGGGGCCGCGGCCUCACCUUCGUGGGGGUCCACGUGCGCCGGGGCGACUACCUGCGGACCAUGAGCGAGGUGUGGAAGGGGGUCGUGGCGGACAAGGGCUACCUGGAGCGGGCCUUGGCCUGGUUCCGGGCCCGCUAUGCCAACGUGGUCUUCGUGGUGGUCAGCGAUGGGAUGGCCUGGUGCCGGAGGAACGUGGACGCCUCCAAGGGCGAUGUGGUGUUUGCCGAGGGAUGGAGGAGAUCCGCAGAGAAGGACUUCGCCCUGCUGACCCAGUGCAACCACACCGUCAUGACCAUCGGCACCUUUGGCUUCUGGGCGGCCUACGUGGCCGGAGGACACACCGUCUACCUGGCCAACUACACCCUGCCCAGCUCCAAGUUCCUGCUCAUCUUCAGGCCGGAGGCGGCCUUCCUGCCGGAGUGGGUGGGCAUCCCCGCUGACCUGUCUCCUCUGCUCCGGAACACCACUUAG